GAUCCCGUUUCGAUCUGAUGCACCUGCCCUUGGAAACUCACAUCCGGCGGCACUUCGACAAUUUUUGAAACUAGAGCGGAUAUUGGCAAACGACUACGCACUGAGGGAGAAAUACGUGGAAUUCAUGAGGGAAUACAUCAAGUUGGGACACAUGGAGGCGAUAGAUGGUUCUCCAGAUGGCAUGGGAAGCUGUUAUUACAUCCCUCACCAUGCUGUUACGACUAAAUUCAGAGUAGUGUUUAACGCAUCGUGUAAAACAACCAACGGCGUAUCUCUUAACGAUACGCAACUAAGUGGACCCCAGCUACAGGAAAACCUGGUUGACAUACUUCAUCGAUUUCGGCGGUAUUCAGUUGCUCUCACAGCUGAUAUCAGAAAGAUGUUCCGACAAGUAAUGGUUGAUUCACGGCAUCGAAAAUGGCAACAGAUACUUUGGAGGGAGUGCCCUAAUGAACUCUUGCGUACCUAUCAACUUUCUACAGUGACGUACGGUAUGGCAAGCAGUCCUUUUAAUGCUAUUAGAACAUUGAGGCAGUGUGCCUAUGAUAAUUGGGAAGUGAUCGCUGACGUCAGCCGGGCAGCCGCAGCACGGGACAGCAUCCUUCAUAGCUUUUAUGUCGAUGAUUAUUUGGAAAGUGUUCACACGACAGAACUGGCCAUCAACCGGGCAAGCGACGUUGAUGCCAUUCUUCAACUAGGUAAAUUUGAAUUAGAUAAGUGGAACUCCAACUGCGUCCAGACCCUGGAAGGAAUCAGUGGCUCUAAGGCGUCUGCAUCGGAGAUAAAUUUUAGCGAUUCCAGCACAACGGUAUUGGGCCUACACUGGAAUCCUAUUACUGAUACCUUAUUUUUCAAGGUUAAGGUAUGUAACUUUGACACAAUUCCUACUAAACGGAUUGUUUUGAGUGAUAUUGCAAGGUUGUAUGAUCCUUUGGGGAUGCUGGCACCAGUUGUCGUGACGGCCAAGAUAUUUGUUCAAAAUCUAUGGUUGGCGAAGUUAAGUUGGGAUACGCCUCUCCCAUCUGAUCUUCGUGAGACUUGGAUGAAAUACCGGAACAGUCUACAGGGUCUUGAAAAUAUCAAAAUACCACGAUGGCUGGGAAUCAAGGAAAAUUCUGUAUCGACGCUGCAUGGGUUUUGCGAUGCGAGUACCAAAGCUUACGCAGCAGUUAUUUACUUGCGCAAUACCAGUGCUGACGGAGCAUGCCAUACAUCCUUGAUUGCCGCAAAAACAAGAGUUGCCCCAUUGAAGGAAAUGACGAUCCCUCGUCUAGAGCUUUCUGCAGCUCAACUACUGGUUACAACUAUGAACAAAAUACGUCGUGCUUUGCAGUUUGAGGAUGCUGCUUACACAUUAUGGAGCGACUCGACAAUUGUUCUCCAUUGGAUUCGGCGACAACCCUCUUCAUUGAAACAAAUACAACCCCGCCGACUGCGCGAGCCGCGGAAUUACACCGGUCGCUAUCAAGGGGAAUGA